GGAAAAUGUGUUGAUUAUGUGUUUGAAUUUUAUGGCCUCAAAACCGAAGAAACCAUAUCACCUUGUUGGAGUCUCUAUUCCUGACACUAAAGAUGUGCUUGCCAAGCUUCAACUUUACUUCUGGUGCACAACUUGGUGAUGAGUUACGUGUUCUGGAUGUUGACAAUUCUACCCCUGGUAGCAGUGAAACCUCGUCUUUCAUGAUUCUCCAAGGAAACCGGUUUUCACAAACACUUAAAGCAUCCAAUGAACAAGGCGUGCCAGGGUUGCAUAAACAAAAGCUUGCAAAGAGGAAGUUUAGCGACUUAUACCAGGGCAAGGAUCACUCUGACUCUGACUCGGACCCUAUGGUCUGGAGCAUAACAACAGAAUGUGGAGGGACGUUCACAUCAAUUGACAGUUUGAGUACCUCUGACUCGGACCCUGCACGUUUUUUCCCGAAGACAAGUCUCACUGAGCUUCCAUCCAAAGUGCUCGUGCUGCCAUCAAGUGAAUCCACGCAUCUAGUUGACAAUGUUACUGGAAAGACGGAGAUAGUUAGCUACAAACAAACUGCCGCCAAUGAUCAGGGCACAAUGAAUGAUGAACAACUGCUGAGGUUUGUUGAAAAGUUUCCAACACAACGACUUGGUAGCAUUGUGUGUGAUUUGGUUCCCUGUAGACGGAUUUUUUGGAGCAAAACGAAUCCUGUAAAAGAUAAAGUCAUUUACAGGGGGGCAAUUCACGAAAAGAUAAAGUCUGCGUUUUGUCGGGUUUAUACACCUCGUAUACAUGGUUUGAUUCAGUUUUGGGCACCCGUUGUUGAUCAUGAAACCAAAUCAUCAUCUUCAUCGAGCAGACUGCAUGCACUUCUUUCAAGUUCCCAUCAACCUUUUGCCCUUGAGGAUCUGGACGAUCCUUGUAUAUGUGAGUAUAGGUUAUUUUCUAUCAACUAUCAAAUUGAUGAUGGUGGUCCCCAUACCACUGCAUUCCUGUCCCAUUUUCCAGAGGUAGUUCAGGAGAUCAGGACGUUGGACAAGGAGGGGCGGAGAAGUCCAUUGGUGGAUAAAGCUCUCUAUUGUGAUUUGACUUGCUUGAUAUUGCUCCCUAUUUUUCACCAUCUCCCUCGUAGUUCUGAUUCUGAUGAAAGGAUUUCCAGAUCUUGUGUUGGUGUCGUUGAGUGUUGUAUCAAGCCGGGUGGUCAUCUUCUAGUUCUCCCAAAGUUGAUACUUGCACUUAAGGGGGUCGGUCUAACCACUUAUCAUGUUCAACAACGCCUGCGAUACGAGCCUUCCAAUUGUCUUAAUCAUGUCAAAGAUGAAAUAGAAGCGGCAUUGAAGAUUGUUUGUGAAUCACUGCAUUUGAAUCUUGCUCAAGUCUGGAUUGGUGACGAUAGUGUCAAUAAUCUGUGCUGCUACCCCUCUUCGCCUUUAUCUCCUUUUCACAAAGAGACAAAAGAGGAUGACACUCAUCAUCAAAUGAAACAGCCAGGGACGUUUGUGGUCAAAUUUUGCGGUUAUCUUACCGACUGUAUAAGUGGUGGUUCUGAUUGUUUUGUAGACAAUCAUGAAUACUAUGAUACCUGUGAUGUGCUUCCCAUGAAAUUUGGGGAGGGGUUUGUUGGGAAGACUCUUCAAACUUAUGAAGCACGCUUCUGCGAAGAUCUUUUAAGCCACAAAGGGGAAAAUAGGCUAUCUGGAAUACUCUGUCCCGUGAUUACAUGUAGCGGCCUUGCCUUAUGCUUGAGGAGCACCCACACUGGACAAGCUGUUGAUUAUGGAUUUGAAUUCUUAUGGUCCCAAAACCGAAACCAUUCCAUCUUGUUGGAGUCGCUCUUAUUGACACUAAAGAUGUGCUUGCCAAGCUUCAAGUUUGCUUCUGGUGCACAACUUGGUGAUGAAUUACAGGUACAGAAUGUUGGCUCUGAAAGCUCGUCUUUCAAGGUUCUUCGAGGAAACAGAUUUUCACAAACAGAACCCGUAAUAAUAGAGUUGGCAAAGUUGGAAGAUUUUGAGAGCGAUAGUCAAACUGACUCUGAAUCGGAUGUGGACCCUGACACCGACUCUUUGGGCUGUAGUGACUCUUUGGGCUGUAGUGGCUCUGUAUCCAAAGUGCAUGAGCUGCCAUCAAGUCUAGUCCUCCGCUUACUACCAGUUUAUUUUUCAAUGUUUUGUUCUUAAUUAAUUGCAAAAAGAUUUAUAAUCAGGGUGGUGUGUGAACACCUUAUAACCUUAGAUAUUGUCUGCCGAUGGAUCAGAUUUUGAUUGAUAUGGUUAUAUCGUCUAAUCUAUCGGUUUUAAUAUAAUAAUGAUGCUUGGACAGAACAAUUUUCCUUGAAAAUGUAUUGGUUUAUGGUCGACAAACCCCGAUUUUGUGAAUCUCAUGGGGUUUGGAAUUGAAAUCCUGAAAAGUAUGUUUGAUGGAUAAAUUGAUAUGGAGGAUUGGAUUUGUGAUACUUGAGGACUAGACUUAUGAUGGGGACAUCAAUUAGGAUAGAUGAACAUUGGAAAUAGAUAAUCUCUAACCUUUGGGGUUAGACAUUUCUUUGUC